GCUGGGUUAUCUAGGUUCAGAUUCACAUCAUGCGUGCCUUUGGGCGUCGCGCCGCUGCACCAGCUGAGCCGCAAUGUCCGGUGCUGCCCUUGAGGGAUGCACGGGUGACGCCAACGCCGUUUUCGGCGCAAACUUCCGCGACGUCUCACGAGAACACUGUGACCUGGUGCUUCGAUGCAGAGCUCGUCUGGCCUUUGAUGGGCUUCUAUGCAGAGCAUUCCAUUCCUGUGCUGGUGAAUUCGGUGAGCACGCAGCCUUUCAGGGGUUUUGAAAGCACGUGCCUGAUGGUGACAGGAGAGGUCCAGAGAUCGCGUUUGAAGCCGCGCGAAGCGAAUGCCGCACCCAUGCCAGUGGUCCUCACGCUUGCUCCCCGCGGAGAUGCGUCCAGUGAGUUUUAUGUGGUUGGUGUACAAGGAAGCAGCAGCUUGAAUCGGUGCAGCAAGGAAGCAUGGCUGGCUGUUCGGGCAGAUGGCCUUCCCUUCACACCAGCUUUGGGCGGUGCCCUGCAGCCUGGAGCCGUGCUGCUGCUGCAGCGGCCCGAGCGCGUCUACGUGCUGCGGAGCCCGGAGGAGCAGCUGAGCCGCUUGCUGAUGGACCUGGCCCAGAGGCGCGGGCUGCGGCUCUUCGCGGCGCCGGCGGGCUACGGGGCGGUGGCGCUGCUGGGCGAGGCGCGGCUCGCGGAAGGCCUGCCGGAGCUGCGGGCGCAGAUCCAGCAGCAGUUCUCCAUCGUCCUAGCGCACUGCGAGCCCAUACCCACCGUCAAGGCGAGCGAGGCGAUCUUGCGUCGUUUGAUCGCCUCGGGCGCCCGCCACGUGCUGUGCCAAGACGCAUGGCAGUCGGUGGAGUUUCCGUAUCGCCUCUUCCACUCGCAGGCGCUUUCGACGGACGCGCGGAGAUCCUCGAGGGUGCCCUGUGUGGAUGUGGCCUGCACUCAGGUGAAGGCCUCUGCAAAGGUGGUGGCCCAGCUCGCCUUCUCCCCCGCAGUUCGGCUCACUCAGCCCUUGGCGCCCUUCCUCGCCCGCGCCGAGGAGGCCCCAGAUCUGGCUGGGGACUUUCGUCUGGAGGGCGGACGAGCUGUGCGGCGCCCAACCAUCCACGUGCUGCCGCGGCUGACCCCAGCAGAGAUCUCCCACAUUUGGGUCGGGCACAUGCCCCCAGCCGCGCAUCUCCCGGAAGAGUUGCGAUCCAAAGAGCACUUCGCCGAGUACUGGCGCUUGAUCCACGGCAUGACUUUGCCCUCGCACCCCACGGCUUUCGCACGCGUAGAGUUUGGGGCCAAUUGCAGGGAGGCGAAUUUGGUGCUCACGUACCCGGUGGUCUGCCUCUGGCGCACUCCUUGGACGGAGCAGCCGGCACUGAGCAGACAACAUGGGCCCAACAUCCUGCGGCAGGUUUAUCCUUUGCAUCUCCAGCGGUGUUGUGCGAUUGAGGUGGUGCAGAGUCUCGAGAAAUCCAGCUGGGCGCGCUCUACGGUGUCCUAUGCCGAAGAUGCGGAUCCCCUGUGCUUGCAUUUGCCGGCCAAGCCCGCCUCGCCAUUGAAGCCUAAGCUGGAGAGAGCGGAGACGAGAUCGCACCAGCAAAGCCAUGGGAGUAGCACUCAACACACCAAAACAGAUGUGUCGAAGCAAGAAGACGGGCAGAGCGGAAAGCGCCGCUUGAUCUUGCCUGUCUUGCCAGUAUCAAGCCAGCCGGCGAAGCGACGCCGCUGAUUCAUGUCAUGGCCAAAGGCCGCGGAUGUGUUGUGCAAUCCGAAUUUAGGGCAAGCCGCACGGGCAAGUGCAAAAGCAUCCGACGGAGAUGUGUGCAGAGCAUCGGCUUUCGGGUGCGAAAGCGUCAUUG